AUGGGUCGCACGCCCUCAGCUGACGACGCUGUUGGCGAGGGCAAGUCACCGGGCAAUGUUCACCUGGAACCCGUCGACCAACUCGACGCCCGAGUAGCGUCCAGUAUGUCCGCAGCGAAAACGAAUCCGCCCCGCGCGCUGAGUCUCCUCCAGGUGGUUGGAAUGCUCUUCCUACUGACCUCGGGUGGCGGUUACGGCCUGGAGCCUAUCGUAGGUGCCGCCGGUCCCCGAUGGGCACUGCUUGCAAUGCUCGUGGUGCCCUGGCUCUGGGCUUUACCCCAGGCCCUGAUGGCGUCCGAGCUAGCUACACUGAUUCCCGAAGACGGUGGCUACGUGCUCUGGGUCGAGGCCGCAAUGGGCCCGUUCACAGGCUUCCAGCAAGGAUGGUGGAGUUUCGUCGACUCCUUGGUGGAUAACGCCCUCUUCCCGCGACUUUUCAGCGAUUACAUCGUGCGCGUAGCACCCGUGCUCGGCGUCUAUGGUAGUUGGUUUUGCGGUUUACUCGUUUUAGCACUGUGUACAAUAGUCAAUAUUCUCGGAGUGAGCAUCGUCGGCUGGGUCGCAGUGCUCUUUACCGUGGUGGUCAUCUCUCCCUUUCUCCUGAUCUGCGUCUUUGGUUUCCGUCAAACCCGUCCGGAGGCAUGGUUGAGCACACGACCGCUAACGGAGGUCAACUGGCGACUCUUCCUCGCAGCGCUCUUGUGGAACUGGUGUGGCUUUGAUUCUUGUUCCACCAUUGCUGGUGAGAUCGUUGACGUCCACCGAACCUUUCCGCGAGCGAUGGUCAUUGUGCUGUUGCUGACCAUGAUGAUCUUCACGCUGCCGAUCGCUGCAGCGGUAUCCACGAAUCACGUGUGGAGUGAGUGGCGGGACGCUUUCUGGCCGACUGCAGCGAACCGUCUCGCUGGUGGUCACUGGCUUGGCAUCCUCGUGAGUAUCGGUGGCAUGUGCAGCGCGGCAGGCAUGCUCAGCAGCCUCGUAGCGACAUCCUCGAGGGCGCUAUAUGGAAUGACGCGCAUGGAGAUGCUGCCGGGGGGGCUUGGUGUGCUGCAUCCACGCUUUCGCACACCAUGGGUCUGUGUGCUCAUCAUUGGACUCGGAACGGGCUGUUUCACCGCACUACCGUUCAAUGUGCUCAUCCAAAUCGACUCUACCCUGUACUGCCUUAAGGUUGCUUUGGAAUUCAUUGCGCUGGCGGUGCUGCGAAGAAAGUGGCCCGACCGAGACCGGCCCUUUCGGAUAGGAGGCGGCUUCUGGGGUCUCUUCUAUGUCACUGGUUGCGGCCUCUUCUGCUGUAUGGCGAUGGCGGUGCUCAGUGGGCUCUGGUCGGCGAUCUCUGCAGCGAUAACGGUGGCGACUGGACUCAUUCUGUACGGCAUGCUUCGGUUCAGCCGUCGCUUUCAGCGGGCGCCUGCGACGAGGAACUCAGCAUCGCCUUGGACAAUCGAAGAGGCACCUGCAUGA